UAUAAGACAUAUUAAUGUAUACAUGUGAUAAUUGGUUUUUUUUGUUCUAAAACUUUCACAACGAACGAAAUUUUCAUCAUUAACGAUCCAUAAUCUUAAUUAAUAUGGCAUCAUCAUCGAGAAAAAAUUCACAAUUAUUCGAUUUGCAGAUAAAAUUUAUGAAAUUUAGCAAUGAAGUUGAUGAAAUCGGUAUAAAAUUUCAUGAUAAUAAUAAUAAUGAUGAUGAUAAAGAAGCAUUGAAGAAUUUAUUGGUUCGAAUCAAAAAAAUUGAUAAUGAAUACAAUGAACUUGUAUCGAAUGUGGAUAAAAGUAAUAAACCAAAAUUGAUUCUUGAAUUCAAACAGAUUUCAAUCGAUACUCGAUCACAAAUCAAAACAUUGAUUAAAGAUAUUGAAAAAUGUAUUGAACAAAUUCCACUACAAGAAUCAAAAUCGAACAACAAAAAUGCAGAACAAACACCAUCGGCAUUGAUUGAACAAAAAUCGAACAAAAAUGCAGAACAAACACCAUCGGCAUUGAUUGAACAAAAAUCGAACAAUGAUGAAACAUUACGUUGUGAAGAAAAUUCUAUUGAUUCGAACAAUUAUGAUGAUAACAAUACGAAUGUUUCGAUUCAACAUGGCGAUCAUUCAGUUGCCGAUCAUUCAAUUGCCAAUGUAAUUGAUGUUUGUAGUUGUUGGUUUUGUUAUAGAAAAAAUCCUGAUCUCAUUGCACAAGAUCAGAUUGAAAAAUGGCGUAUAAAUAUCAAAAAUUUUUUCCAUCAAUAUUGUGAAUUAUCGGCUAAUGAAUUUUUAGCACGAUUUCGUCGAUCUCGUUUGCACAUGUUCAUCGGUUUAUCGAUAACAGAACGUCAACGAUUAAUACAAAUAAUGUUGGAAUUACUUUUCGAUCAUUUUCCCUAUCAAAUGGAUCAUCUUAUUGUAUCGAUUAUGAAAAUUGCAUCAAUGUUAAAGAUAGAUCAUUGUAAUAUAUUCAUCAUCGAUUCAUUAAAACAACGUAUCGAAUCCGGUAUAUAUCAUGAUGUUUGUGAUUAUGAAAAAAUGUACAAUAAAAUCGAUGAAUAUUCGGAAACAAUACGUGAAAAAUUCGAAAUGAAUAAAAAACAUUCAUUGGAUCGUUAUUGGAACAAUCUUGAAUUGAUUGCCAUCAUGUAUUGUAAAGAUAUAAUAAGGUCAAACGAUUAUGUUUUUGAAAUUUCGAAAUUUUUAUCAAAAAAUUCUCAAUUAGAUCAUUGUCCAGAAAUUUAUCUGGAUUUAUGGAUUGAAUUUUUAUCGAUCAUCAUUACAAAGUUGUGCGAUCAGAAAUUUCGUCAUCAACCAAAAGUCAAAGAAUUUUUCGUUCAAAUAAAACAACAACUUGAAAACAACAACUAUGAGGACGAUGAAAGACGAAACAAAAUUGUCGAAUUAAUUGACAAUAAUUUUAUUGGCCAUGACAAAAGUCGAAAACAAAACAAAGAAUGA